AGCCAGCAAAAAUACUAUGAUUGUUCAGAGAGAAGGUUUCCGUAACAGUGUAACCUUUUAUAUGACUGCGAAGGGAUCCAAAUAUGUCGUCGAGCACAGCUCUUAGUAACUAUUAUGUGGACUCUAUUAUGGGACAUGAAGCUGAGGAUGUUUACGGCGCGCGAUAUGUCCAGAGCUCCCACAGUAGCUCCUCCAGGCCGUCAGGUGUCGGCGGAGAAAACGCAGAAUUUUCCUCCUGCAGCUUUGCACCCAAGUCAGCCGUGUUCUCCGCGUCCUGGUCCUCGCUUCACCCCCAGUCGACCGCUGCAGUGUCUGGGAUUUACCACCCUUACGUUCACCAGCCUCACAUCACAGGGACAGACAACAGAUAUGUGCGCUCCUGGAUAGACCCAAUCUCGAACCAUGUCUCUUUUUCCGGUUUCCAUGCGAGCAGUCGACAGUAUGGUGCUACUGCUAAGCCUGAAACUGCAUCGAAAAGGACCGAGUGCUCCACGUUUGAAGCCGAGAGCCCGGACGCUCCUGAAUUCACAUGUGGAACAGUGUCAGAAUGCGCGGAUAAAGCCACCAAAGAUCCCGCUGGCAGUGAUGUUUCCAGUCCUAGCGAGCCCAAAGACGAGAAGCAACAACAACUUGACCCAAGUAACCCAGCAGCUAACUGGAUUCACGCACGUUCAACAAGGAAAAAACGCUGUCCUUACACCAAAUAUCAGACUCUAGAAUUGGAGAAAGAAUUCCUCUAUAAUAUGUAUUUGACACGAGAUCGCCGAUAUGAAGUGGCUCGAAUUCUCAAUUUAACUGAAAGACAGGUCAAAAUCUGGUUCCAGAACAGAAGAAUGAAAAUGAAAAAGAUGAACAGAGAAAGGGGCAGCAAAGAUCAACACUGACAAAUCCCAGGCGGCCAGAAAAAAAUGUUUCGUCCUUCUUUUAUGUGUGUGUGUGUUAUCAGUUGUUGUGUUUAGAAUAAAACGCUGUUAGGGACCUAAACUGUUGUUUAAGUUCUUUGUUCUGAUACUCUUAUAGUCCAUGGGGUCGGAGGAACUUCUCUCUGCUACAUUAACAACCCCAAUCAUUUCAUAUUGGAAUCAUAUGGAUUCUUAUUCUGUAUAUCUGAGCAAGGAUGUUUUAUCAAGCAGUCUGGCGCAUAACAAGGCGUUGGAUGAAGAUUGAUUUUAAAUAAUUUAAACUAUUUCGACAGUGCGAAAUGAAGACGCAUGUGGCAACUAUUCAGUGUAGGCAAAAUCAAAAGCAUGCUUUGCAGAUUGAGCCAAUUAAGAGGUUCUUGAAAUAUCGAAUGGGAUCUCCGUAAGAAUUCCUAAUUGUAUUUACCAAUAACUGCUCUUGUAAAUAUCCUUACGAACAAGUACGCACGACACAUGAAAACUACAGGCCUAUCCCUUCAAAAAAUCUGUAUUCUGAAAUUCUGAUAAUAAUCUGGUGAAUUCUGAUAAUAAUCUUGAAUACGAUAUCACUCUUAGCUGAAAUGUUGGAGGAUCUUUGUGCACAAGCACAAUGAAUGAUAAUGGCGGCCACAUAGUUUACCAGCAAAUUGCUAAAUGUUCACUGUGCAGGCCACUGUGAGUUGUCUUGGUAUUUGAAGCAGUCACCGGAAGUCUUUUUUAUUAUUAUUAACAUAAUGCUGUUUUACUGAGACACAUGUUUUUUUUUUUUUUUUUUUAACUUAGUAAUGUUGGUUUUGUAGCUGUUAUUGCCUUUCUGAGACUCAGUUGGCAAAUAAAGGCGUGUUUACAAUGCUAGCGUUGAUUGAAAAGAAAAUUGUUAUGAAAUUCCAAUUGGGGGUCAACUUAUAGGAAACGAAGGAUGUUGGACGAGGUUGCAUUGUUGAUGAGUAUCGGCAAUAAAGUGUUUGUGAUUGGGAAAGGUGUUGCACAGAUCCCCCAAUUUAUUGUAAGAUCUGUACCUAUAAUUGCUUUAAAGCAGG